AUGGAGACGCAGGACAGCAUCGAUAUCGCCAAGCUGCAACGCGUCGCGUUGGGGCUAGAGCACGACCCAUCCCAGUCAAUCUUUUCCGGCCCAGCAAGAAUUGCCAGCGCUUCGCCGGAGCAGUCCAACUAUUCUGAUCAACGCCCUUCUCGUCAUUCUCAUGGUGGUGCAUCGCCCACUGCCAUAGGAUUAUCCUCGACUUCCUCAUCGAAUCCCGCCAGCUCUACCCUCAAACAACUUCCUCCCUCGUCAAUACCUCGGCAACAUGAAUCGGAACCCGUGAACACCUCCAAUCCUACAACUGAACAGAGCCGAACGAACCACGUCCCUUCGACACCCUUUGACAAGAUGGAUUCCGCGGAGGCUGCCCCUGGGGACACCCAGGUCGUGUCGCAGUCAGUGUACGAUAGCAUCAUUCGACAAAAUGGAGAAUCUAUGUACCAUGGACACUCACAGAAUGGAGCUGAUGGUGCAACACUCCGAACAUUGCAGGAGGGAGACAGUGGGCACAUUAAUCUCCUUUCUCAAUUUGAUACUGCACGACACGAUGGCAAUCAGUCCCCGGAUCACGACGACGACAGCAACUACGAUGGCACCGAAUCGUCUCCAAUGGCCUACAAUGCCGAAUUCUUUCCAGAGUCCCAGCGCUUCCUGGCCACAACUCCAGGGACUGCGGUGAAGGUGAACCAGACGCCGGGCACAUCCAUGCGAACACCUUCCAUUUCACGCAACCCACUGGCUGGUGAAAUUGAGUCUAGCGGAGGAAUGUUAGCCCUCAGCCAGCUCUUCAAGGCGACACAGGCCCCGUCAUCACCCUUGGUACAUACCCAGCAGCUGGAGUUGAUAUCCGACCGGCCCUCCCCAAACCUUCCCAUCCAACAUCGUCGCCUUACGAAUGCCGUCUCGUCGCCCUUGAUAGAACGACCUCUGCACUUCGCCAGAGAGUCAUCCGAGCCGAAUCUGCACUACAUUUCUCUAAAAGACUCACAAUCGAGGCGUGAAAAAUCUUUGGGAGAAAGACUCAGCCGGUCGGCCAACAACAUGGAGACGAGUGAUGAGCUUGACCAUGAGUUCUACAAAGAGUCGAGUUUUGUUGAGAAUGCACGGCGCCAACGCUUAAUUGACGAGGAGACUGCCGCCCAGUUUGCUGCUCUCAAUGCUCCUUCCCGGUCCACCACCGCAGUAGCUACCUCGCCAAGCCAUCCAACUGAUGGACUGCACCCAGACGAGACUGCACACGAAGCCGCAGGAAGUGAAGAAGAGACGGAACAAGAAGACGACCUUGGCCCACAAGUACCCCAAUCACAGGAGAUCAUGCAGUCCUCGGAAGAGGACAAGGAGAAUUACAACGGUCCUCCAGUGUGCAUAGAUGCUACCAGUAGUGCACACGAUCGGCUCUCUCAAGCUCUAGCUAUUGAAGAACAUGACGCCAUAGCGGAUCAGGGCGCUGAUAUCCCUAGUCAGGACCGAACAGCCUUUCGCGAGAAUGACCAAUAUCUCGGCAGGUCCUCGCAGGUUAUGGUCAAGGAUUCCCAGCAAACGCCGUAUCAAUCACCAAAGCCGGAUGAGCGGUCGUCCAAACGACCUUCUCACUGCUAUGAAACUUCUGCUGAUCAAAUGUCUGACGUGGAAGAAACUACGCCUGUGCGCUCGCGUGCUCAAUCCUCACCACCCGGCUCUCGACAGAAGGAACGACCACAGUCCCAACAUAAUGAAGACACGGAAAUGGACACGGACGUCGUGAUCCAGGCGACUUCCUCGAAUGAGAUCGCACGUGUUCAGUCAAGCAACCCUUCAGAUCGGGAGGCCCCAGGAUCACUUCCCCAAGGGACCGACCCGGGACUGGAGACUAAAUCCUCUUCAAUGCCCUCGCGUGUCACAGAGACCCCUGUUCAUCUACGACCACAGAUGAGUGAUAUGGCUCCUAUGACGAGCAUUCCCGAGACCAGUCCCAACCAGACUCGACCUAACGAAUGGGAGGGCGAAUCGAACGGCGAUGGUCUCAAUAAUGAAGAUGAUGAUCUGCCCCCCAUGUUCGCCGUUCAGAGUGUCAACCGACGCUCCCGACCUGGUCCCUCUCAAACGCAAUCUUCCCCAAUCAAAAUGAUCCAAGCGCAAGAAGUGCAGUCUCAAAUCCUUUCUAGUCCCAGCGGAAGGCAGCGCCGAGCGCUGACUGCCAUCGCCGCUAGUGCCUCCCCCCAAGUCGAACACAAAGUAGACUGGGGUCUCGACUUCUUCACAGCCGAGGACGAUGAAUUCAAUGCUCUUGUUAUUGACGGGUCCCCAACUCGCCCUAGAAAGAGACGCCGGGGGAAUUUGGGUCAGAGCCUUCGGCCUUCCGAUAUUGUACUUCUGAGUACUCCUCGCGCUCAGCCGCCCAAGACGGUCGCUCGCAGUCAACCGCAGUCGAGUGCCGAGAAGCCACCGUCAAACUCACAGGAGAUGCUGGCAGUUCAGGUUCCAGUCACCAGCAUUGGUAGACAGCUGGAGCUUUCCUCACGGCCCUCCUCACGAUCUAUUUCACGACCGGCCGUACGAUCUACCUCACGACCGGCGGCACGAUCUACUUCACGACCAGCGGCACGAUCUACUUCACGACCAGCGGCACGAUCUGGUUCACGACCUGCAUCAAGAGCCUCCACCCGUCCCGCUUCACGAGCUCCGUCUCGACCUCCAUCUAGGAGGCGCGAAAAUGUCUGGGAAAUUGAGAGUCCGCAACGGGUUGUUCGCCAGAGAUCCAGGUCUAGACACGGGAGACUGAUGACCUCGCGCGACCCCCCACCGCAGCGCAUUCCAGUCAAGUUUCCAGAUGAGCAGCCGCCUGCACGGCCAGUGGUUGUGUACAACCCCCAGCCGGCUCUAUCGUCUGAGCUCACCGAUGUUGAUUUGCUUUCCGAUAUUUCAAUGAUAUCAACAAGUAACAUCACCAAGAGUCCUUCAACUACACCUCAAUCGCAUCGCACUGCCCCUGCCCCUGCCUCCGACGACCCGGAAAUUCGUGCGCCGAACCAAGUUAUAGCCGUGUGGCAGGGCCAAAAACGGGCUUACUAUCCCGCUACGUGUUUUGGCGCUCCUAUUGGAGUGUCCCAGGGCAAAUAUUCAGUGCAGUUCGAUGGCAGUCUUCCUGUUGAAGUGAUCAAAGGUCUUGUAAAGCGGCUUGAGCUUCGGGUCGGUGAUGAAGUCAAGGUCGAUAUGCCUGGUUUUCCCAAACUUGCGCAUGUCAUUCGUGGAUUCAGCGAUCGGCUCACCCGGGAAGAGAUUCUUCGCGCUGCAGACAACGGCAUUUAUCCACAGACUGAUGUAUAUGGGUAUACUGCUUUGAUACUUGCGUCGAAGCAACGCAAGAGUCUGCCUAGUGGUUCAUUCGAUGGGUCAGAAACCAUGACCAAAGUGCCAAUCUCCCGAAUUUACAUGGAUAAUAUCCUGUGGAACCGGUUCAAAGACAGGGAGUUUACGCAAAACACUGAGACAGCGCCACAGGAGAGCACAUUCCGUGUUUUGUCCAUGAGAUCUUCUUUACCAGCAUCUCCGAAUUCUCGCGUUGCUCGCAGUAUCUACGAACCCAGUGGGAUCUUCACCAACAUGGCUUUUGCGGUUUCCUACAAGGAAGAUGAAGUCUCGAAAAACCGGAUCACGAGACUCAUCCGAGACAAUGGUGGUGUGUUGCUGAAUGACGGCUUUACGGAACUUUUCGAAACCGCCUCCGACGAAACACCCAAGAAGGGCGGCUCGAGCAAUGGAGUAUCAACGAUCAAUGGUCUCUCCCUCGAUUCGGACGCAUCGGAGAUUGGUUUCACAUGUUUGAUUGCUGAUACCCACUCUCGGCGCGAGAAGUACAUGCAGGCAUUGGCACUCAACAUACCAUGUCUGUCUGGUCGUUGGGUUGAAGAUUGUGUCGCUAAAGGUCGGGUCCUUGAUUGGGAUAUCUACCUCUUGCCAGCCGGAGAGUCCAAAUACCUCAACGGGGCUACAAGAUCACGAAUCAUGACGCCAAUCUCACCUAUGGAGGCUCGCUUGUCAGAUACUAUCUCCUCACGACCGAGCUUACUCGAUGGAAAGUCCGUGCUCAUCGUCAUGGGUCGUGGAAAGGCAGAAGAAAAGCGCAAGGCUUAUGUAUUCCUCACGCUGGCCUUGGGCGCCUCUCGUGUAGAACGGGUUCCUGACCUUGAGACAGCCAAGACCCUUCUGGACUCCCAGGCUGGAGCUUCCCCAUCGCCUUCAAACUGGGACUUUAUCUACGUCGAUGAUGCAGAUCAGACUGCCGCAAAAUCUAUGUUGGCUUCUUCCCAAGCACAGAGCUCUGCCCCGGUGAAUCCGAGGAAGAGGAGGAGAUCGACUGUGACCAUGUCGAGGCCUAACCUGGCAACUUUAAUUGGACCACAGGUCGUGGGCAGCGAGUUUGUCUGCCAGAGCUUGAUUCUGGGAAGACUUUUCGAAGAGUGA